AUGGAGGGACAUUCGACACCGGAUGACGACGGCCUCGCCUCCCCCACGCUGCCUCCCGCGGCCCCCGACGCCAUCGCGGCCCCUCGCCCCGUCGACGCCCCCCGCCGGUGCUUUAUCUGUCUGACAGACCAGGAUCCCUCGGACCCCCCUGGCUCGUGGGUUGACCCGUGCCCGUGCACGCUCGAAGCCCAUCAGGACUGCAUGCUCUCCUGGGUCACUGACUGCGAGCGUUCUAACAAGCCGCUCUUCUGCCCAGUCUGCAAGUCCAAGAUUGAGCUCGAGGGCCACUGGGACCUUGUCGUCGCCGCCGAGGAUGCAAUCCACCGUCGCUUCACUCGCGUCAGCCCCUUUGUCCUCUUCACCGGCGUCUCCAUGGGCGUCCAGUUCAGCCUUCAAUUGUAUGGCGCCCUGGCUCUGUGGACGUUUGCUGGCAAGGACUCGCUCCUGCGGUUCUUGCUGGGACCCGACUUGGUCAUCGACGCGUCCCGUGCCGGCAGCGUUGGGUUCGUCAAGGACCGCAUCUGGAGGGCCCUGGCCAUGAUGAACGUGGCGCCCGCACUGCUCUUUGGUAGGCUGCUGCCCAGCUUGAGCAACAAGGUGUAUUUGCCGGCCGCCUCUCUGUAUGGCAUGUACCACAUCAUGCACGAAGACGACUUUGUGAGCUGGCCACCCUCGCCUCGCCUCGCCAUUGCCGUCUUUCCGUACGUCCGGUCCAUGUACUACAACCUCUGGCGGGAGUUUGUCCUGCCCCACGAAGUCAAGCUUAACCGGCAACUCGUGGGGCUGCCGCCCGUGGAGGAACGGCCUAACGCGGGCCAGCAGAUGGCGGAUAACCAAGACGACGUCGACCAGCCCGGCGGCCACGACGUUCAUCACAUCGAAAUCGUCCACGAGGAAGGCGAGGCCCACGGCCACAUGGAAGGCGAGAUAAUGGUGGAGCUCCAGAUCGGAGAGGUCGAGCGGGACGAGGACGGCAUUCCUGUUGACCAGGAACUCAUCGAGAUGGCCCAAAUCGUCGAGCACCCCGAACCCGAGGCGGAUGCCCACGACGGGCCAGCAGCACCGGUCGCCCCGCCGAACCAAGGCAACAACGCAGACGAGGGGGGUCAAGGUCACGAAGCUCCCCAAGCGCCGCCCCGCCGGCUGGGCAUCGGCGCCAUCCUGUCCAACGUGUCCAAUGCCAUUGUCGGCGCAUUGAUCCUGCCCGGCAUCUCGCUGGCCAUGGGCGAGGCGCUGCGGCUGGCGCUCCCCAAGGCGUGGACCAAGGCAAGCCGCCACGGGACGGUUGGGCGUCCAGGCCUGUUGCAGCAGCAGUGGGGGCGCAGCUUGAUAGGGGGGUGCUUGUACGUUGUGCUCAAGGACACGGUGAGGGUGUACACCAAGUCGCGCCGGGUGGCGGCUCUGGGGAACCGACGGGUCAAGAACGUGGACAGGCGCAGACGAGGACGGAGUGACGACGCACCGACGGGUUGA